AUAAAAUAAAAUAAAAGCAAUACAAAGACGAAUUGGUCGAGAUAGAGCCAAUGCAUCAAAGUUUAUAAUGGACAAAGCCCAGAGAAAAAGCCCAACAUUAAAUAGGAAAAAUAUCCCAAACUCUAAAGAGGAAAUUACACCCCAUACAUUCUUUUUCAAAAAAAUCAUAAAACUAUCUCCAGUUUGAAUUCCUCGCAUUUUUACUCUUUCUCUUUAUAUUUUUACGCUUUUUUGAGAGGAGCCAAUUUCCAAACUUUUUAAUCUUCUUCACCGGUCAAUCAGUGUUGUCAAGGGCUGUAGCUUUCCAGAUCUAGGUUUUAGGGGGCGGGAAAUGAUUUUAGCCUCAAAUCGGCCGAAAAUUGUCAGCAAGCAAGCUAUCCAUGAGUGGGAGUGGGAGGCGGCGACUUCUUGUUUUUUUUUUUGCUUCGUCGAUAUUGGAUUGUUUCCGGUAAAGGUUGACGGCGGAGAAGAGCUCGUGACGUCGUGAUGACCCUAUGGCAAAAGUUCCACUUUGAAUGGUGGUCAGAAAAAGAAGAAGGGAAGGGAAAGUAAUGAGGAAAGGUGAAGUUGGCUUUCUUUCUCUACAGAUAGGCGUGGAUGCUGCUAUAAAACUAUAUAUGGAAGAGAGAAUGGGUUCAAUUAAAAUCAUGAAUUUGGUGGAACUUUUUCUUAUGGUGGUGUACUUGACGUGUUGCUCUUGCGAUGAUGGUGUCGUGGUGUCUCAAAUGGAUAUGGAUGUGAGCCGACACUGUCAUCGGGUACAAAUCAAAUUCAAGCACGACAAGAACAUAGCAUUUUAUGAUUAUGAUUUGAAAAUAGAGCUUAAGUUAUUUGUUUAGUAUUUUCCAAGAUUGGCUUCUAUGCCUAUUUUUAGGGGUUAGCAACUACUUUGGGUUUAUAAUAUCUUUUCUUGUGAUUAUGGUCUGAUGGUGCUUUUGCAGUGAUGGUGGCGUUGUGUUUGUAAGUGUUUUUAACAGUGGUGGUUUGGUUAUAGUGUUAGCAAUGAUGGUGGAGGUAGUUGUGGGUAUAAUCGGUGGUGUAGUAGGAGAAUUGAUAAGUAGAUUCAUAGAUAAGUCUUUUUUUUUAAUGAAGUUUCAGUACGUGAAUGGUGGUUGUGGGGCGACGGUGGUGGCACAGGCGACGGUGGUAAGGGGUUGAGAUGGUGGAUAAUUAAAUUUUUACUCAUUUUGUUAUUUUAGAAUAAAGAAUUAUCUUCAAAUAAUAUUAUAAUAAUUGUAAGAUUGUAAGGUCA